UCUGUCAUUGCAGGGUCCCAUGUUUCCGUUGCUGGGAAGUAACUUAAAAUAUUUGAUAGAGCCGAAGGAAGAAAUAGAGUCCUUGAGGGGCAGCCCCUGAUUUCAUCUGUGAGGAAUUCACGGGACGGCUUCUUUCUGAAGUCAGGGGUGAGGUGGUUUCGUGUGUUUGCUUACAAGCGAGCUGAAUAACGUGUAAGCUAUGUCGGUCGGUCUACUCAGCGACAGUAAGUCCAGUUCGGCAAAUAGGUUGGAGGAGACUGAUUUUGGACAUUUUCCGUUAAUCGAAAGAGCUAAAUCUACAGGUAUAAGGUCUUGACAAAAUUAUGCUUCAUACGCAGAGGCAGUACAUGCCAGUAAUUUUUUCAUUUGCAACUACAUAACCCUAUGGGAAACAGUUAUUGGUCUUUAUUUAGUUAUUUAUUUUGAGACGAAGUCUCACUCUCUCGCCCAGGCUGGAGCGCAGUGGCGCCAUCUCGGCUCACUGCAACCUCCGCCUCCUGGGUUCAAGUGAUUCUCCUGCCUCAGCCUCCCGAGUAGCUGGGACUACAGGCACCCGCCACCACGCCCGGCUAAUUAUUUUGUAUUUUUAGCACGGGUGGGGUUUCACCAUGUUGGCUAGGCUGGUCUCGAACUCCUGACCUCAAAUGAUCACCCCUCGGCCUCCCAAGGUGCUCGGAUUACAGUCAUGAGCCACCGCAUCCGGCCUAUUUUUAUUUUUUAAAGUUUUUUAGAGACGGGGUCUUGCCUUCUUGCCCAGGCUGGUCUCGAUCUCCUGGGCUCAAGCCAUCCUCCCGCCUCGGCCUCUGGGAGUGCUGGGUUUACAGGCGUCAGCCACCAUGCCCAGCCUGAACGUCAAGGAAAAAGUGUGCAAGGGGAUGCACGAGCAGAAAGCUUGAGUGCUAGCGCCUUAAGGUGACAUUCCUUAGCAUUCCAGUCCAAAGAGGCUGUCUCAGUGCCUGCCUGUGGGUCACAGGUUAAUGCCCCUCCUCCCAACAGCCAACCGGUUACCAAGUCCUGCUCGAGCCCCCUCCUUAAUCCUCUCUAGAAACUGGCUCCCGUUGUGUUGUUUCCCAGCCUCUUCCACCAUAACAUGGAAGCCAUCAUCUUUGCUUUUUGGAUUGUUAGGAUGUCUCCGUAACUCCUGUUGAGUUCCAGAAGUCCUGUCACUACCUCUCACAUAGCAGACAGGGUGAUCUCUCCAAAAGCCAUCACUCAUUGACUCUAUCCUUCUAACAUCCCUUGGGGACUCCCCAAUUGCCUGUGUAAAGUUAGCGCAGCUAUAAGUCUGCACUCCUGAUCUUACUCUCUGCUCCAGCCAUCCCAGCUGAUUGGAGGUUUUCUCAUGUCAGCAAGCUUUGUUAUCGCUAUGCUCUUAGUCUGGGCCCUAGCUAACAGCCUUACCUAGGCUAACUCCUGCUCACCUCCUCAGUAGAGACGUGGCUUUCUCGGGGAAGUCUUCCCUAACAAAGCUGGAUUGAGUGCCUUUCCUUUAUGCUUGCACAGAAUCCUAACUUAGCUCUUCGUAGCUCUUAGCACACGGUCCGUGUGGUUGCUGUCUGAUGGGAUGUCAUGAUUCACCAUAAAAUGGUAAGCUUCAUGUGAGUUGAUUAUGGCUAAAUCGUAAUAGGAGCUCCAUAAAUAUUUAUUUGUUGAGUGAUGAAGGAAUAAAUGAGUGAAUGAUUAUGAGGAUCUUAACUGGAAGCAAUACUAGCAAAAAUGGAAAGAGACCUUCAGUCAGGAUGGAAAUGAGCAGUCCUUGGUGACUGACAAUUUGUGGGAGCUAAGAAGGAAGACCAGAGUGAUGCGGGUGAGUAGCCCAGCUGAUGAGGUGGUGGCACCAACUGAGAAUGAUCAUGAAGAAGAAGGAGGUGCAACAACAAGGGAAAGGUGGUGAGUUCACCGUGGGCCUCAUUCAAUUGGAGGUGCCUGUGGGACACAUCUAAAGCUCAAGGGGAAGAGCAGGGCUAGAGUUGAGAGUUGAUGGGUACAGUAUUCAGAGGAAGCCCAUGGAGACAAGGAGUGGAUCAAGUCCAGAAUGCAGAGCUGCAAGCUGUAUUCACUAAGGAAGAAGCUGCCUAUGAAGGGUAGCAAGAAAGUGGCCGGGGGGUCUGACAAGAAGCAGGGGCUUCAAAGGCGCUCCCUGAAGCCACAGGGUGUCGGGUUUCGAGAAGCUAUGUUAGCAGUUUCCAGGCGGCAGGGAAGUCCAGGGUGAAGGUGCCAAAACUCCCCAUUUGAUGGUUUUUGGUGAGAGAGCAAGAAGUUGAGGGAUGCGAUGGGAAUGGGAAACAUUGGAGUGUGGUGAGCAGGGGUGAGGUGAAGACAGCGUAGUAUGUUGAAGGUUUUCAGAAGCCAUUAGGGCCAUGCACUUAUGUACUGAGAAGUGAGCAGUGAGCUAGAUGCCACGAAACGCUGCAGCAGCAGGUGAGACUGAGGAGCAGGGAGGGGGGUCAAGGAUAAUUUCUCAGCUUCUGGCCUAUGAAUUUAUAGGGUGGUGGGACCAUCCUCUGGAUAGGGAACGCCAGAGAAGAGCCUGGAUGUAUGUAGUAGGGAGGUCAGAAGUCCUAAGCUCAUUUUGCAUGUGUUAGGUAGGUUUUGAAGUGCAUUUGAGGCAUUCACGUGGAGAUGCCAGGGGAGCAGGUGAAUGAUGGUGCCCAGAUCCAGGCAGAGAUAAAGGCAACUACAGCCAGGUGCGCAUGAAGUCUCCGUGGAGAAGGUAUGGGUGGAGGGAGAGGAGAAGAGCCUGGGCCAGAGCCCUGAAGACACCAGCAUGGAGGGUCACCAAGAGUGCAGGAGAGCAGGAAAGAGGUAGGUGGGUCCCAGGACAGGAGAGGGUGCAGGGCCACACGGGUUGACAUCUGGGACAGUGACAAGGACUUCAGCCUGCUGGAUUCAUCAGCUGCCUGAGCUUUCCUAUGACAGAGGUGGGCAUGUGGACGAGAGAAACCAAAGGCUUGGCCCUUACAGUCAGCUGAGGGGCAACCAGGUGUUGAGAGUUUCCAGUGUCUUGCAAGCUGAGGUGGUGGCUUUGAACUUGAGUUGUUUCAUAUUGAAAGAGAUGAACAGAAAGAGGAGUGCUAAAGGUAUAUUAAUCUUAAAAGAACAUUAAUGAGUUUUUAAAAAGGGGAAAGCAGUUUGCCCAGGCUGGAGUGCAAUGGCGUGAUAAUGGCUCACUGCAACCUAUACCUCCCAGCUAAUCCUCCCAUGUUAGCCUCUUGAGUAGCUGGGACUACAGGCGGAAGCCACCACACCCAGCUAAUUUUGUUUAUUUUUUGUAGAGGAGAGGUCUCACUAUGUUGCCCAGGCUGUUCUCAAACUUCUGGGUGCAAGCAGUCCUCUUGCCUCAGCCUCCCAGAGUGCUGGGAUUACAGGUGUGAACCACUGCAUAGAGUGCUUCCUUUACUCAAAUCAUAGAAUGUUUAAAAAACCAGGAUAUCAGCCAUGUUUCAAAACCACAUUAUUCCCAUGGAUGUUUUGUUUUACUCUCAAAACCCAAAAGCAUAAAAUCAAACCCCUACAUACUGGAGACUUCAGGCUUUCAAAGAGAUUGGGCAAAUCAAACCACCUUAUUUUUCAGGAUAAUUGAUAAACCCAUCAGUUGUUGAUGCUUAGAAUGGUUAGUAGAAGUAGGUAGGAAACACUCAGACCUCAAUUUUCAUGGACUUCACUUUUCACAGUAUUUUAAACAAUUAGAGAUGUUGGAAAGAGGUAAGGAAGAAUUUUACUAUUUAGUCUGCUGCACAUAUUCUUUUUUUGUUGUUGUUUUGUUUUGUUUUUUUUGUUUGAGACAGAAUUUCACUCUUGUUGCCCAGGCUGGAGUGCAAUGGCACGAUCUUGGCUCACUGCAACCUCCGCCUACCGGUUUAAGGGAUUCUCCUGCCUCAGCCUCCUGAGUAACUGGGAUUACAGACAUGUGCCACCACGCCCGGCUAAUUUUGUAUUGUUAGUAGAGAUGGGGUUUCUUCAUGUUGGUCAGGCUGGUCUCGAACUCCAGACCUCAGGUGAUGCACCUGCCUGGGCCUCCCAAAGUGCUGGGAAUACAGGCAUGAGCCAUGGCGCCUGGCCUGCUGCACAUACUCUGACACCAUGUGUCUGGUGAACCCAGUCCCUGUAAAGAAUCUUCACUGGUGAUUGUUUGAUAUAGGUGACCUUCCCCCUCCCUCUUUUUGCCUGAUUUUAUUUCCCUUUCUAGAUUAUACUACUAAAUUAGAAAGCACUGAAUAUUUUGUAAGUUUGUUUGGGUGAGAGCAAGAAUAAUCUUUUCUUGAUUUUUAUUUUUAUUUUUUUAAGACCUUUAACUCCUGCUGAGGUUGAGACAAACCGUAUCUAGCAUACUGUUACCUGAAACAAAUGUGGUAGGAGGGAAGGUGAUACAGUCCUGCCAUUGCAGACCAGUGGGAAAGGCCAAAGAGUGUUUUGAGUAGCAAUGUACAUGGUCAAAGCAUUGUUUAUAUACUAUUUCAUUUGAGUUUGAUUAUGUAGUUUGAACCUGGCUGGUCAGGAUUUGAUAGACAGUUAUUGGUUUGGGAUCUGACUUUUCUUUUUUAUAAAAAUUAACAAAAAAUAUAUGUAAAUAUACACACAUACAUGUGGAUAGUUCUCUCUGUGUCUUAAGUUAUUUGUAUGCAUGCAGCUGUUGUGAUCACGUGUCUGAUGGGCAGGUAGAAGUAGAAAUAAGAGUUCCUAUGUUUCCCAGGCUGGCCUUCAACUCCUGGGCUCAAGUGAUCCUCUCUCCUGGGCCUCCCAAAGUGUCAGGAUUACAGGCGUGAGCCACCGUGCCUGGCCCUACAUUUACUCUUUAAAUACUUUCCUAUUGGAAUGAAAGAGGCAGGGUGGCUCACACCUGCAAUCCCAGCACUUUGGGGAGGCUGAGACAGGGGAAUCCCUUGAGGCCAGGAGUUUGAGACCAGCCAGGUCAACAAAGCAAGACCUCCCUGAAGGGAAAAAACCUCCAGUUCCCAUUUGGGUGUCUUCUGGAAACUGCUAAUACCUCAGUCUUUGUUGUUGUUGUUGUUGGUAUUUCCUCCAAACACACUCUUUCUCAGUUUUACCAUUUUGUUUUUGUGAACUAAGCAAGAGCAGGAAUUAAUUUAUAUAGUUAUUCGUAUCCGGACAAAUUCUGGAAGGUUACUGGAGUCUCUUUCACUUCUUAAAGUGUUUUCAUUUAAGAAAAAAAUCUUUUAUUGUAGCCUGCACAAUUGUAGCCCUAUCCUUCCCCCAAAGGUCCCAUACUCCCAAGGCAUUGAGGUUAGGUAGAAGGCCCAAGAAUGGGGCCGGGGCCCAUUGCGUCUGGAAUGCAGUGUGAACUCAUGGCUGUCUUUGACCUUAUGGACAUCCCUGCACCUUCCUCCUGGUGCUCGCCAGCAGGUGCAGGAAUUCAGUCGUCUAUGGGUUCGUUUCCCCUUUUUCGCGGGUCUCUAUUCCGUGGUGUGAAGAGCCUGUAAGGGUAAAUGUCCUAUUUGGGUACAACCACUUUACUCUUAUUCUGUCAGAAUCUGUCCAAGCGUUUUUUUGGCUUUCUUGUUUGCUGUGUUCCUUUAAAGAUGGUUGAGAUAAAACCAGUCAGAAAAGAAAUAGUUUUUUGCCCUAUACUUAACUAAAAUAUUGAUUUAUUCCAAAGUUGUUUUUAUUUACUUUUCACUGACCUCAAAGAGAAAACUUAGACACCUGAGAAACAUGAAACAUUCUCAGAGGAAGGAGUGAUAAGCAUGGUUCUGUAUUAAUGUGUUCACUCCUUAGAAGAUAUAGAAAUACUGCAGCUCAGGCCAGGCACUGUGGCUCAUGCCUUCGGAAUCCCAGCACUUUGGGAGGCAGAGGCGAGUGGAUCCCUGGAGUUCGAGACCAGCCUGGGCAACAUAGUGAAACCCCAUCUCUACAAAAAAUACAAAAAUUAGCCAGGUGUGGUGGCAUGCACCUGUAGUCCCAGCUACUCGGGAGGGUGAGGCAGGAGGGUUGCUUGAGCCUGGGAGGCAGAGGUUGCAGACAGCCAAGAUCACACUACUGCACUCCAGCCUGGCAACAGGGUGAGACCUUGUCUCAAGGAAAACAACAACACAAACUGCAGCUCAUUCUUUCUAAAGGUAUCUGGAAAAUGACAGAACUGAGAAUAACAUCCAGAUUCAGUUCCCUGCCAUGAGAAGUUCCUUUUGCCUUGUUUGUGGAUAUUGUUGUCAGUUCAUUGCAGCUGUCUUGAGUAACUUACAGAGGCUAAUGUGACCAAAGAAAGAUCCAUCCCUUGUUGUUUUUCUAGUUAAAAGUCACAGCACAGGUUUCUGGUAACAUACAAAUGAUAAGACACUGUCCAUAAUUCUAAUUACAAAAAUUCAGUUUGUAUAGUAAUUUGGUACAGCAUUAAGGGGGGUGAUGCCCUCCUCCCAUCUCAUUUCCCUCCCUUUUUCCUGUUUCACAUUUAUUCUUUUGUCUAAAAGACAGAAAAUUGGUAUGAUUCUCCUAUGCCGCAUAGAACCUGUAGCUCCAUCACAUCCCACAGCUUUCUAGAGGUCUUUGGGGUUGGAACACAAAGUUUAACUUCUGUUUCUGUUUUUCCUUGAAUUAUUUUGUUUCCUGGCCCUUUUCCAUUUUGCCGGUUCCCCUUAUCUUACCCACUGUCGUCCAUGCUCUCCCUCUGUGUUGGUUGUCUCAAAACAGCAUUCAGCGGAAUUCAUUGUGUGGGUGAAUUCUGUGAAGUUGCCUUUUCUGGCAGUGCUGUUACUCAGUGAUGCACAAACAUAGCAUUUGCCCUCUGGUAGACAAAGAUCUGUGUUUUUUGUUUGUUUGUUUCUUUCUUUGAGACAGAGUCUCGCUGUCACCCAGGCUGGAGUGCAGCGGGUUCAAGCGAUUCUCCUGCCUUAGCCUCCUGAGUAGCUGGGAUUACAGGCACCUGCCACCACGCCCGGCUAAUUUUUGUAUUUUUAGUAGAGAUGGGGUUUCACCAUGUUGGUCAGGCUGGUCUUGAACUCCUAACCUCAGGACCUCAGGCGAUCCGCCCACCUCGGCCUACCUAAGUGCUGGGAACAGGCUUGAACCACCGCGCCCGGCAGAUCUGGUUAGUAUUCUUUAAAGGAGCCAAAGGCAGUGCUUUACUGUUUGCUUUGAGGGGAAGUAGUGGACGAUUUGAUUGUGACACCUUUUAGCAUUGGUGAGUUGAUUUAUCUAAAAUUAACUGUUAAAGUUAGCUGGCCUUAUACAAUGUAAAAGUAAAGAAAAUUCAUCAGUUUCUCAAAAAAAAAAAAAAAAAAACCAGCACGCAGUGGCUGAAGUUUUUGUUAGCAAUAAGAAAACAGUAGGCAUAUAUAUAUACUUUUUUUUUUUUCUGGGAAUCCACGUUCUCCUCCUGGGUAAAGGAGAGGGUUGUAUUUUGUGAUUCCUUUUUCCUGCCCCAAGUGGCUGGCGAUACAGCCCCCGGCGCGCCGGGCACUGAGGCCCUGGAGCACAGCGUGGGGGGCCUGGCACAGACACGACUCACGACCGGGCCGAUCUCCGGCCAGAACUAUGUUCCGGCCGCCCGGUCGCGGGCCCGCGGUGCAUCCCUGCAGGCCUCCAUCCUGCCUCGGCAGAGGUCUGCAAGAAUCCUGUGGGUGUCCCCCGGAGCGGGCAGAGGAGGAGCCCAGCGCCGAGGCCCAGGCGCGCCCCGCCCUCGCCCCUCCCCGUGCCCCUCCCCCGCUGCUCCCCUCCCAAAGGCCGAGACCUGGACGCUGCCCGGUGGCCUCGGCGGGGGCCUGUCCUUGGCCGCUGCCUCUCUGAAUCCCAGGUGAGAAGAAUAAAACGUCCUGACGCUGUCCGGCUUCCGGUUCUUGGAGAGGACGGGCCGUCUCUGCCGAGAGAACUGUGCGGAAUCAGGAAGCGCUGGUGCUCCUUCGCUUUCACGGGACUAAGCGAAAUCCGGCUUUAAACGAAGUAAAGCCGGCUGCCUCCUGGAGUAUUUUUGUCAUAGUAUUUUUAUUUUGGGUCAGGGUAUUCUGCUGCGGACCCUGAGUCUUAGGAGGGAGGCUUAUAGCAGCGGAAAGCCAUUUUUUUUUUUUAAAGAAUUGCUGAGUUUUCCGGAUUGUACUUUCAAAGACUUUCCGUAAAACUUUGCGUGGCAUGGGGGUUGCAGAAACUGGUGUGUACACAUUACAAAAGUGUACUGUUUACACCUAUUUGUGAUGCACCCAUCGUGUUUUUCUCCGUGAACCACCUAUUAAGCUUCCUGCUGGAGCGCUCUUGGCCCCCUUCCUGCUUUCUGGGCCACAUCCUGUUGUAAAUCGGUGCUACUUGUGGGGUUUUGUUUGUGAAUUGGGGAUAUUUAAGGAACAAUUUAUUGAAACAACUGAAGACUUUGUUUCCUCCUUUGGGUUUUACUUUUAAAAUAAAUUCGGUUAGGAAAAAGUAUUCUUUUGCUAGUGGAGUUCAAAUUCAAAUACCCAGACUGUAGAUUCUCCAAAUGCCUUUCUCACCAGGGAGGGCAGCUCCCAGGAGUAGUGACGGCAGGUAAGCUGGAAUAGAGCUGACUUCGUCACCUUGUAGGUGGGGAAGGCCAGAGUGGAUAGUCUGGCCAGGCCCUCCACAGCCGAGCCAGCUUCUGCUGGGGGGCGGGGGAGAUGAGAACGAGAGGCAGGUUCCAGUAUCCUCUGGACUUGCAGGAAGGAAGGCAUUCUGCGUAUCGCUGAGCACUGCGGUGAGCUGAGUGAGGGUUCCCUUUCCUCAUGUUUUCCUGCCUUUUUCUUCCUCUUGGUUCUCUUGUCCCUGAGCCGCCUUGUCCACUCUUUCUAUUCCCUUAGUGCCUUUCCAUCUGUCUCUCCUGAGUGCCCAGCGUGAAACUGUACCCAAGAGUUAAAAUCUCUUAAAAAUCUCACCAUCUUGGAGAAACAAAUUGUGGCUGGUUUAAAGAUCCUCAGCUAAAGAGACUGGGCUGAGGUUCCCCCAUACCAGUUGGAUUUAGAGAGAGCCUCUUGUAGGGAGGCCUCAUGUGGUCUUCACCUGGGCCUCAGCAUGUGAGCCCUCCUUUAACAGAGAGCUUGCCCAAGAUCUCACUGCUUGUUAAAGGUGGUCUCAACCCCGUCUGUCUUCUAAGUUUCCCACUACCCCAUGUCUGAGAGCAAAAAGCCCUCUUUGCAACCUGAGGACACACUCAAGAUGGAAGACUGUCAAGCCCAUCCCUGCCAGAUUCUAUUAAUGUGGUCCUAAUGGGCCACACCAGCAAAAACAAGCUGCGUUGUAUUCCUUUGAAGAAAACUAAGUCUGCCUCAGAAACUGGCAGACCCUGUAAUCUUCAGCGGUAUUAUUAAAAAGCACACCUGCCUCAAAGCCCCUGGUUCGUCCAUGGAAGCAUCGCAGAAGCCUCUGUAUUAGGGGCAGCUUUACGGCACUCUGGGCCCCUUUUACUCUUGGCCAGGGCCAACGCCAAAGGCUAGAUGGUCCAUGCUUCCAGGUAGCGCAUCACUGUUCACAGAAGCGGAAACAAGUAGUGGGGCCACCUCCACCGCCCCCCCCCCAGGUCCCUGCCCUCGGAGCAAGUGGCCAGUGCCCAUGGUGCCCCCUCCCAGUCUCUUUCCUGCAGUAUCUGGGUACAGACAGGUGAUGGAGUGUCACUCUAGUUACUAUUGAGCGAACUGAAGAAAAUCCACAUGGAAGGUUGACAUCUACCAUACCUCACUUUCCCCUCUCUUGAUAGUGUCUAAUCUUUCCCUCCAACCCCUGUGGGCAAACAUGUCCAUGCGUUCUUUGAGUUCUAGCUACUGGUCAGUAGUUCUGAGUGUAGGAUUGACAUGGUGGGAGGAGGCAGAGCUUUGGGACCACACCGCCAAGGUCCCUGGGGCCUAGAGGUCUAGCGUGCCCGCCUCCCUUCCUCGCUGUGCUCCUUUCUCUCCCCCCACCCCCACGCUCCUGGUUUCUGGAGCCGAGCUUGGGGUGGGGAGGCAGCAGGGUAGGGUCUUCAAGUUGGAGAGAAACCCCGCCCACACCUGGACCUCGCCCCUCGCUGCCAUUCCCAGCCGAGGCCGUCAGGGGCCCGCGGUUUGAGAAACACAAUCUGGAAGAGAAAACCUGGGCCUUUUCUUCUUUUAUCCCCUGUCCCCGCCCCCCCACACCUCUUACAAAUUUAGCCCAGGAGCUUUCUAUCCCCACCGACUUGAAGGGUUUAUCGGUCUUAAGAGCGAAAUCCUGGCGGAGUGCAGUCCCUCGGGGCUAGCAUCCACGUUCCGCCUGCGCCCUGCCCGGGCUGUUCCGAGGGAUCCCCGCAAGGGCACUGCCCCAGCUUUCACUCUUGGGGUCGGGGAAAUAAGGUGUCCACAAAGGAUGCAAGCAAGUCAUUGUCAGUGCAGACCCGAAGGGCGCGUCCGGAGUGCAGGAUCUUACUCCACGGGAACAGCCUCUAGAUAAUCUGAGUUGUUGAAAAUACGAAGCCUGUUACUCGUGAACAGUGGCUGACAACAGUGGUGUUGUGAGCCUGGCUGUCUGCUUGGACCCAGAGGUUUCGUCUGCCAGGGUUUUUGGUUGUAUUUAGGAUUUCAGGGAAAAGUGUCCAAGCUUUCAGUGUUGGAGCAGGUAUGGACGACAAAGGUGACCCGAGCAAUGAGGAGGCACCUAAGGCCAUCAAACCCACCAGCAAAGAGUUCAGGAAAACAUGGGGUUUUCGAAGGACCACUAUCGCCAAGCGAGAGGGCGCAGGGGACGCUGAGGUUGACCCACUGGAGCCGCCACCCCCACAGCAGCAGCUGGGCCUGUCCCUGCGGCGCAGUGGGAGGCAGCCCAAGCGCACUGAGCGCGUGGAGCAGUUCCUGACUAUUGCGCGGCGCCGUGGCAGGAGGAGCAUGCCUGUCUCCCUGGAGGAUUCUGGUGAGCCCACGUCAUGCCCCGCCACAGACGCCGAGACAGCGUCCGAGGGCAGCGUGGAAAGCGCUUCUGAGACCAGAAGCGGCCCCCAGUCUGCUUCCACAGCUGUGAAGGAACGACCAGCCUCUUCUGAAAAGGUGAAAGGAGGGGAUGACCACGAUGACACCUCCGAUAGUGACAGCGAUGGCCUGACCUUGAAAGAGCUUCAGAAUCGCCUUCGCAGGAAGCGGGAACAGGAGCCCACUGAGAGGCCCGUGAAAGGGAUCCAGAGUCGCCUGCGGAAGAAGCGCCGGGAGGAGGGUCCCGCCGAGACUGUGGGCUCCGAGGCCAGUGACACUGUGGAGGGCGUCCUGCCCAGUAAGCAGGAGCCCGAGAACGAUCAGGGGGUUGUGUCCCAGGCUGGGAAAGAUGACAGAGAGAGUAAGUUGGAGGGAAAGGCGGCUCAGGACAUCAAAGAUGAGGAGCCUGGAGACUUGGGCCGACCGAAGCCUGAAUGUGAGGGUUACGACCCCAACGCCCUGUAUUGCAUUUGCCGCCAGCCUCACAACAACAGGUUUAUGAUUUGCUGUGACCGCUGUGAAGAAUGGUUUCAUGGCGAUUGUGUGGGCAUUUCUGAGGCUCGAGGGAGGCUUUUGGAAAGGAAUGGGGAAGACUAUAUCUGCCCAAACUGCACCAUUCUGCAAGUGCAGGAUGAGACUCAUUCAGAAACGGCAGAUCAGCAGGAAGCUAAAUGGAGACCUGGAGAUGCUGAUGGCACCGAUUGUACAAGUAUGGGAACAAUAGAGCAGAAGUCUAGCGAAGACCAAGGGAUCAAGGGUAGAAUUGAGAAAGCUGCAAAUCCAAGCGGCAAGAAGAAACUCAAGAUCUUCCAGCCUGUGAUAGAGGCACCUGGUGCCUCAAAAUGUAUUGGACCCGGGUGCUGUCACGUGGCGCAGCCCGACUCGGUGUACUGCAGUAAUGACUGUAUCCUCAAACACGCCGCAGCGACAAUGAAGUUUCUAAGCUCAGGUAAAGAACAGAAGCCAAAGCCUAAAGAAAAGAUGAAGAUGAAGCCAGAGAAGCCCAGUCUUCCGAAAUGUGGUGCUCAGGCAGGUAUUAAAAUCUCUUCUGUGCACAAGAGACCAGCUCCAGAAAAAAAAGAGACCACAGUGAAGAAAGCAGUGGUGGUCCCUGCGCGGAGUGAAGCACUCGGGAAGGAAGCAGCUUGUGAGAGCAGCACGCCGUCGUGGGCGAGCGAUCACAAUUACAAUGCAGUAAAGCCAGAAAAGACUGCUGCUCCCUCGCCGUCACUGUUGUAUAAAUCCACGAAGGAAGACAGGAGGUCCGAGGAGAAAGCGGCAGCCACGGCAGCCUCAAAGAAAACAGCCCCUCCAGGCUCCGCGGUGGGCAAGCAGCCUGCACCUAGAAACCUCGUGCCAAAGAAAUCUUUUGCUAAUGUGGCAGCAGCGACACCAGCCAUUAAAAAGCCACCCUCAGGUUUCAAGGGCACCAUCCCCAAGAGGCCAUGGCUCUCCGCUACCCCAUCGAGUGGUGCUUCAGCUGCCAGGCAGGCCGGACCGGCACCUGCAGCGGCGACGGCUGCCUCCAAGAAGUUCCCCGGCUCCGCUGCUUUGGUGGGAGCCGUAAGGAAGCCAGUGGUACCUUCUGUUCCAACGGCCUCGCCAGCCCCAGGACGCCUUGGGGCUAUGAGUGCUGCACCAUCGCAGCCAAAUUCACAAAUUCGGCAAAAUAUCAGACGCUCCUUAAAAGAGAUUUUGUGGAAAAGAGUCAAUGACAGCGAUGACUUAAUCAUGACAGAAAACGAAGUAGGAAAAAUUGCCCUCCAUAUUGAGAAGGAGAUGUUUAACUUGUUUCAAGUUACAGAUAAUCGCUACAAGAGUAAAUAUCGCAGCAUCAUGUUCAACCUGAAGGACCCUAAAAAUCAGGGACUCUUCCAUCGUGUUCUGCGUGAGGAAAUCUCUUUGGCGAAACUUGUGAGACUGAAGCCAGAAGAACUUGUAUCUAAAGAGCUUUCCACGUGGAAAGAGAGGCCAGCGAGAUCUGUGAUGGAGUCCAGAACUAAACUGCACAAUGAAAGCAAGAAGACGGCCCCCAGGCAGGAGGCCAUCCCCGAUCUGGAGGACUCUCCGCCAGUGUCGGAUUCAGAGGAACAGCAAGAGUCAGCACGUGCUGUCCCUGAGAAGAGCACAGUGCCGCUUCUUGACGUCUUCAGCAGCAUGUUGAAAGACACCACCAGUCAGCACCGCGCACACCUCUUCGAUCUCAACUGUAAAAUUUGCACAGGCCAGGUUCCCUCCGCAGAAGAUGAGCCAGCUCCGAAAAAACAAAAAUUGUCAGCUUCUGUUAAGAAAGAAGACUUAAAAUCAAAGCAUGACAGCUCUGCACCUGACCCAGCUCCUGAUUCAGCUGAUGAGGUGAUGCCGGAGGCUGUGCCUGAAGUUGCCUCUGAGCCAGGCCUAGAAAGUACUUCUCAUCCAAAUGUGGACAGAACAUAUUUCCCUGGGCCUCUAGGAGAUGGCCAUCCCGAUCCCUCCCCGCUGGAAGACCUGUCCUCCUGCCCAGCCUCCUGUGGGAGCGGGGUCGUCACCACCGUCACAGUGUCCGGCCGGGACCCCAGGACCGCUCCAAGCAGUUCAUGCACAGCCGUGGCCUCCGCAGCAUCCCGCCCAGACAGCACCCACAUGGUGGAAGCCAGACAGGAUGUGCCGAAGCCUGUCUUGACUUCUGUGAUGGUGCCCAAGUCCAUACUAGCUAAGCCAUCCUCAUCUCCUGACCCAAGAUACCUGUCAGUUCCUCCGUCACCAAAUAUCAGCACUUCAGAAUCACGUUCCCCUCCAGAGGGAGACACGACCCUCUUUUUGUCUCGACUCAGCACCAUUUGGAAAGGAUUUAUUAACAUGCAGAGUGUGGCAAAAUUUGUCACUAAGGCGUAUCCUGUCUCUGGGUGUUUUGAUUACCUCAGUGAGGAUUUGCCUGACACAAUUCACAUUGGUGGGAGGAUCGCACCGAAGACAGUUUGGGAUUAUGUUGGCAAACUCAAGUCUUCUGUGUCUAAGGAGCUCUGUCUGAUCCGCUUCCACCCCGCCACAGAGGAAGAGGAGGUCGCCUAUAUCUCUCUCUACUCCUAUUUUAGCAGCCGUGGCCGCUUUGGUGUUGUAGCUAAUAACAACAGGCACGUCAAGGACCUCUACCUGAUCCCGCUGAGCGCCCAGGACCCUGUUCCAUCCAAACUCUUGCCCUUUGAGGGACCAGGUCUUGAGUCACCACGUCCGAAUAUAAUUCUUGGGUUAGUAAUCUGCCAAAAAAUCAAACGUCCCGCAAACAGCGGAGAGUUAGACAAGAUGGACGAAAAGCGGACCCGACUUCAACAAGAAGAAGCGGACGUUCCGGCCUAUCCAAAAGUAGCCACAGUCCCGCAGUCCGAAAAGAAGCCCUCCAAGUAUCCACUCUACUCUGCAGACACGGCUGUCAGCACCACACCUCCUGGGUCGCCACCCCCUCCGCCCCCUCUUCCAGAACCACCGGUGCUAAAAGUGCUGUCAUCCCUCAAACCUGCAGCCACCAGCCCAGCCACAGCAGCCACAACAUCAGCAGCAGCCUCCACGGCAGCUUCCUCCACCGCUUCGUCUGCUUCCAAAACAGCAUCACCGCUGGAGCACAUCCUGCAGACUCUCUUUGGAAAGAAGAAAUCAUUCGACCCGUCCGCCAGAGAGCCUCCCGGGUCCACCGCAGGUCUCCCCCAGGAGCCCAAAACCACAGCAGAGGACGGGGUGCCGGCACCUCCGUUGUUAGAUCCGAUCGUCCAGCAGUUCGGUCAGUUCUCAAAAGAUAAGGCUCUAGAGGAAGAGGAGGACGACAGGCCAUACGACCCCGAGGAGGAGUACGACCCGGAGAGGGCCUUCGACACUCAGCUUGUGGAGCGAGGGCGGCGCCACGAGGUGGAAAGGGCUCCCGAAGCAGCUGCAGCUGAGCGGGAAGAGGUGGCCUAUGACCCCGAGGAUGAGACCAUCUUAGAAGAAGCGAAAGUGACUGUUGAUGACCUGCCCAACAGGAUGUGUGCCGACGUGAGAAGGAACUCCGCGGAGAGGCCUGCCGAGUCGGUGGCCGGGGCUGCCACGCCCUCCCUGGUGGAGCAACAGAAGAUGCUAGAAGAGCUGAACAAACAGAUCGAGGAGCAGAAGAGACAGCUGGAGGAGCAAGAAGAAGCUCUCAGGCAGCAGAGGGCCGCCGUCGGGGUCUCCAUGGCCCACUUCUCGGUGUCGGACGCCUUGAUGUCUCCACCACCAAAGUCGUCCUUGCCCAAGGCGGAGCUGUUCCAGCAAGAGCAGCAGUCUGCAGACAAGCCCGCCUCACUGCCCCCCGCCAGCCAGGCGUCAAACCACAGGGACCCCCGGCAGGCGAGGCGCCUGGCCGCUGAGACCGGUGAGGGGGACGGGGAGCCUCUCUCCAGGCUCUCGGCACGUGGUGCCCAGGGUGCCCUGCCCGAGAGAGAGGCUUCCAGGGGUGGCCUCGUGGGCCAGGCGCCCAUGCCAGUCCCGGAGGAAAAGGAGCCAGCCUCUUCCCCCUGGGCUUCGGGCGAAAAGCCCCCAGCGGGGUCCGAGCAGGACGGCUGGAAGGCAGAGCCUGGGGAGGGCACCCGCCCUGCCACGGUUGGAGACAGCUCGGCCAGGCCUGCCCGGAGGGUGCUGCUGCCCACACCGCCUUGCGGUGCCCUGCAGCCCGGCUUCCCGCUGCAGCACGACGGUGAGAGGGACCCUUUCACCUGCCCGGGGUUCGCGUCGCAGGACAAGGCUCUCGGCUCAGCCCAGUAUGAGGACCCAAGAAAUCUUCAUUCUGCUGGAAGGAGCAGCAGCCCUGCAGGUGAAACAGAGGGGGACAGAGAGCCACAGGCCAGACCCGGCGAGGGCACCGCCCCGCUCCCCCCACCAGGACAGAAAGUGGGGGGCUCUCAGCCCCCGUUUCAGGGUCAGCGGGAACCUGGACCUCAUGCUUUGGGGAUGUCAGGGCUUCACGGCCCCAAUUUCCCGGGACCAAGGGGGCCAGCCCCUCCGUUUCCAGAAGAGAAUAUCGCUUCUAACGAUGGGCCACGAGGGCCUCCGCCAGCCAGAUUCGGAGCCCAGAAGGGGCCCAUCCCUUCCUUAUUCUCGGGGCAACAUGGGCCACCUCCUUAUGGGGACAGCAGAGGCCCCUCACCCUCUUACCUUGGUGGACCACGAGGAGUGGCACCAUCCCAAUUUGAAGAACGCAAGGAUCCCCAUGGGGAAAAGAGGGAGUUCCAGGACGCCCCGUAUAACGAGGUGACGGGCGCCCCGGCCCAGUUUGAAGGGACAGAGCAAGCCCCAUUUCUGGGAAGCAGAGGCGGCGCGCCUUUCCAGUUCGGAGGUCAGAGAAGGCCACUGCUGUCUCAGCUGAAAGGCCCCCGAGGCGGCCCCCCUCCCUCUCAGUUUGGAGGUCAGAGAGGACCACCCCCUGGUCAUUUCGUGGGCCCAAGAGGGCCCCAUCCUAGUCAGUUUGAAACUGCCCGGGGCCCUCAUCCCAACCAGUUUGAAGGACCCAGAGGCCAAGCGCCUAACUUUAUGCCAGGUCCCAGGGGCAUUCAGCCUCAGCAGUUCGAAGACCAGAGGGUCCAUUCACCACCAAGAUUCACAAACCAAAGGGCGCCUGCACCCCUGCAGUUUGGUGGACUACGGGGGUCUGCACCCUUUUCUGAAAAAAAUGAGCAGACCCCUUCGCGAUUUCACUUCCAGGGCCAGGCCCCGCAGGUGAUGAAGCCGGGCCCCAGGCCCCUGCUGGAGCUUCCCAGCCACCCCCCGCAGCACCGGAAGGACCGCUGGGAGGAGGCCGGGCCGCCCUCCGCGCUCUCCUCCAGUGCGCCCGGACAGGGCCCCGAGGCCGACGGACAGUGGGCAUCGGCCGACUUCCGAGAGGGGAAAGGCCACGAAUACAGAAACCAGACUUUCGAAGGGAGGCAGAGAGAGCGGUUUGACGUGGGGCCCAAAGAGAAGCCGCUGGAGGAGCCCGACGCCCAGGGCCGGGCGUCCGAGGACAGGAGGAGAGAGCGCGAGCGCGGCCGAAACUGGAGCCGAGAGCGGGACUGGGACCGGGCCCGGGAGUGGGACCGACACCGGGACAAGGACUCCAGCCGGGACUGGGACAGAAACCGGGAGAGGAGCGCCAACCGCGACCGAGAGCGCGAGGCCGACCGGGGCAAGGAGUGGGACCGCAGCCGGGAGCGGAGCAGGAACCGGGAGCGCGAGCGAGACCGGAGGCGCGACCGGGACCGGUCCCGGAGCAGAGAGCGGGACCGAGACAAGGCCAGGGACAGGGAGCGGGGCCGCGACCGCAAGGACCGGAGCAAGAGCAAAGAGAGCGCUCGGGACCCGAAGCCCGAGGCCUCGAGGGCCUCCGACGCUGGCACCGCCUCGCAGGCCUAGACGCCCCGGCCGGUAGAGACACCUUUUUAAAGCCACGUUCGUAAGAUGCGUUGAACAAAUAGCUUUUGAAAUAGCCACGAUCUUAGAUUCAGGAUAGAAUAUUCUGGACUUGAACAUUACUGUAAUUUUGUGUAAAUGGUUUCUUACAAGAUUUCACAUCUUUACAAUUCUGAUGCUUUUUUAAAAGAACUAAACUUUAAUAUUUCCAUUUAAAAUUAAAGAAAUGGGAAAUUGCCUACGGAGCAUAUUGCUUUUCAGAUCAUAGUUAUCUUUUCCAAUAACUUUAUUGUAAAUUUUAAGGGAGUUUCAUUGGACCCUAGAGCCAUACCUUCACUGACAUCUCAUCCGUUUGUGUUUCCAAAAGCUGCUUUUACAGGUCUUAGCCGCUGCCCCGGAGGCCGGUGUGGGCGUGACCUGCAGGCGUCCACCCUGCGGCUGCGGGAGAAGUGUUAGUAGCUUGUAUCUGGAGUCUUGAGAAACACAAACCUUACAAAUGCAUCUUUCUUUUGUCAUAAAAUUGGAAUUACAGUUUUCAACUGGGAAACAGAAACACAUUUCUUAGUGUGCUCAGAUUUUAUAUAUCACCUUAUCAAUGUUUUCCAAAAUAUGAUUUAAAGCAACAUCUGUCCUAGUAUAAUUGUUGCAUUUUAAAUAACAAUUUAUUGAAAAAUGUUAAGUUUUACCAGCCUAAAAAAAGUAACAAACCAAUUAAGUGUACUUUGGGGGCAGGGAGGAGUCCUUGAUUCGAAUAAUCAGGAGUUUUGUUGGUCCAAUUUCACCUUCUGAGCAGUUCUUCUGUAUCCCGGGAAAAGUACACUCAGCCCCAAACUGGUAUUUGUCAGACGAUACAUGUAAAAGUUUGUCCUUGAAUGUGGAACAAGACUUGUGUAAAGUCUGAGACGGGAACUAGUGAUCACUAGCUCAAGAACUGCAAAUGAGACAGGAAGCUGUUCACUGUGAAACAGUCUCUUGCUUGUCGUGUAUUUUUCGAGUACUUCUGAAGUGUGAAGUAAAAAAAUCUGGCUAAUUUAUUUGUACAAAUACACUUUGAUAAUUUUUUAUAUUUUCAUAAACUUACUUUUACAGAUGUAUAAUUAAAGAACUUCACUUGUUCUUUGGAGUCUGUUAUUCCAUUGUACGUCACUACAGAUUUUUCACUUUAUAGCACAGAUUUUUUUAAGUUAAGAAAACAUUGAGAAUGUAUCAGUUUGAGAUGUUUGGUGUUGAAAGCCAAGUGUCCAUAGGUUAAAUUACAUUAAAGUAGGUGUCAUGUUCCAACAUCUAGUAUGAUGAGAAGGUUUUGUUUAACAUAUAAAGCAAAUUUUUCUAAUUUAAAUACACAAAUGUAAAAAUCAAGUGUGUUUCUUUAGUUUACUUGAUAGAGAUUCCUGUAAAUUGUAUUUUAUAUUGCGGAGGCUUGUAUCACUGUACAUGAGAACAUGGAACGACCUAGGUUUUGUUACUCGCAGUAGAAUAAACAGCUACAGGAAGUUUC